GUUGUUGUUGGUGUCGUUACAGGCAGCAGUGUUGGAGAACGGCUGGCCGCCUGCUGAGAGUUGACAGCUGCGAUCAGUGAUCUUUGAUCACUAAUUCACCUAUUAUGCAACACUAAAAUAUUUUGAUUCGAUUUGAUGUGUGAAACUGCCUUUGAGCCUGGAAGAAUCCUAAGACAACCCAGGCAGGAUGUCCAUGCGGCGCCAGCGCAUCAAGGCUCCGGCCAACCUGUCGCUCAUCAAGCGCAAGCCACGCAAGGAGGAGCUCGCAGCGCCGAAGAAGGAGGUGGAGGAGGAGGCGGUGGCGGCGGUGGUUGACUCCCCGCCCCUUGCAGCGACCUCUGGGGAAGUGGAACUCGAAGCUGAUGCAAUCGCCUUCAAAAUGCCUGCCAGCUCGGCAGGCCAACUGGAGGAUGUCUUCCACUCGGAUCUCGAGGACAAUGUCAUUCAGAUGGACUUGCAGAAGACCACCAAUGGGUUUCCCAUGUCCCCCAGCAAGGCGCAAGCUCGCCAGCGCGUUCGACCCACUCCAGUUUUUGGUCAGCGGCGCAACAGCUUUGUGGGCUCCCCAAUGGCCGGUGACUAUGAGGGCGACUACCAGUCACCGGCCACGCCCACGCGACGGGAGCGCUACCUCAGCGGUUCGUCCACGGGAACCCCACAGCAGCAUCAGGUGGGAUCGCCCAUGCCUCCGUCCCCAUAUAAAUACCCACCCAUGAGUCCGGGCAUGGGACGCAUUCGCACCGAAUCCACCUGUUCCACGUACUCCGAGGGAGGCAGCAAGCGGAAGGGCGAUGACAAGUCGCAAGGCCACGGCGGAGCGCGGUUAAAUGCCCGACGUGACUUCGAGACGCGCUUCAACAAGGGCGUGCCCGACAAGUCCACGUUCAAGAUGAUGGACAUGAUUUUCUACAAUCCAGAGAGCAAUCCCAUGGUUCCCAAGCAGGCGGUUACGACCAUCAAAGAUGAGUCCAAUGGCGACGAGGCCAAGCCGUCGACGGAUCAGCUGCUGGAGGCCAAGGGAGAGUCAACAUCUGCCAUGCUGGUGCCUCAGCUGAAGCUCGAUGCCAAUGGCGAGAUGAUCAUUGACGAGAAAACGCUGGAGAUCGAGACCACAGCUGAGGUGGAGGCCCGUAAGGUGCUGGCCAACUCAUCUCUUAUUCUAAUGGACGAGACUACGGGUGAUAAUGGUUUCUACAAACGCCACAAGCGCACGCCAUUCUGGACGUCCGAUGAAACAGUACGUUUCUAUCGCAGCCUGCAGAUCAUCGGGACGGACUUCUCCCUGAUGUGCCAGAUGUUUCCCACUCGAUCACGGCGGGAUCUAAAGCUCAAGUACAAAAAGGAGGAGCGUACCAAUGGUCAGCUGAUCAACAAGGCGCUGCUCUAUCCCAAGGCAUUCAACAUUCAGGAACUGAAGGAUCAGCUGGAGGAAGAGGAUCGCGAGCGAGAGGAGAAUGAUCGCCAGUGGAAGGAAAUUGCGAAAGCUGUUCCGGGGAACCCUAAAAAGCGUUCUCGAAUACAGCAGCAAAGCAAGGCAUCACGUGCUCUGCGUGAUGGCGAUGUUGUCUACGAAAACGAGCACGUCACGAACAAGAAGCUCGGCAAGCAGGCCUGGGCCAAAAGGCGGAAGGACUUGGAGACCGACGAGAACGAUGGAAGUGCUCCCGCCAAGCGAAAGCCCAAGGCUAGGCGACGGCCUCCCAAACCCCCAACUCAAGUGGCAGCUGAGGGACAUUCGAACUUGGCGGCCAUUAAGCAGGAGAAAGCGAUCAAAACCGAACAAACUUUAUGCCAUUUACCAUCAGGAGGAGAACUGCAGGCUGAUCUCAAUGGACUGCUGAUGGAUGACCCAAUGGAAUAUGAAGUAGGUGUAAGCAAGCCAAGUGAUAAAACUAUCAUCGAUAUGGAUGACGGUACCCUAACCUAUGUGAGCGACGUUGAAUCCGGAAGUGAGGCGGCCAAUCGACAGUCGGAAACAUAUUUAAUCAACUUUAUUGAAAACGAUGAAGUUAUAACGCCGGAUGACCCAAUUCCGCCCACCACUACCGAACCGGAUAUCGAACAAAUUCUCGCAGAGCUGGCGGAAGGAUCGUUGGUCCUCGUCUCGUCCUUGGAUCCAGAGCACGAGGAUCGUGUGCUCAACGAAAUCUACAUGCUGGAUAAAAAGACGGGCGAGUUGUGCGAAACACCGCUGAAUAUACCAGAGCAUAUUGUUCAAUGCAUAAUGAAUGUUAUGAAAUUAGAGGACUAACAAUAUUUUAUAUUAUUAGUUUAAGAGUAAUUGUUAACGUUUAUAAUUUAUUAAAGCAUUUCGAUGGAUGCAUUUAAUUAAUAAUCU